AUGUCAGCCCUCCAAAUUAUCGAUCUUUCAUCUAACAGACUUUCUGGAAGCAUACCUUCAACACUUGCAAACGCAUCGCACCUCCGCCGGAUUGAUCUUGGAAACAACUCCCUAGUUGGAACAGUCCCAUCUCUAGGAUCCUUAUCUGACUUACACCUACUAAUUCUUCGAAAUAACUUACUAGAGGCUAAAAGUUGGGAAUUCCUUAUCUCUCUCGCAAAUUGUGCGCGGCUACAAAUGUUGGAAAUGAGUGGGAAUAAGCUGAGUGGAAGUGUCCCUAGAUCUGUAGGGAAUAUUUCCACAAGUUUACAACGUAUAAAUCUUGGAAACAAUCAAAUUGUCGGCAGAAUUCCAGUUGAGAUUUUUAACCUUCGAAACCUCCAAAUGCUUGCUAUGGGCCAAAACAUGCUUUCCGGCGUUAUUCCCUCUGUUAUUGGGAACCUAGGCCAGCUGGUUGUCCUAAUCCUAUCAGAGAACAAAUUAUCUGGCCAGAUCCCAUCUACAAUAGGUAAUCUUUCUCGGCUAAACAAGCUUUAUCUAGACAGAAACUACUUGAGUGGGAACAUCCCAAGAACUUUAGGAAAUUACAAGCAACUGGACAUGCUAAAUUUAUCUUUUAACAAUCUUGAAGGACCAAUUCCAAGUGAGCUUACCAAUAGCACUACCCUCGUCACUUUGGAUUUAUCAAACAACUUCCUUACAGGAUCAAUUCCGCUACAAAUCGGUGCAUUGCUUCAACUUCUCCAACUCGAUAUUUCCUUCAACAGAUUGUCUGGCCAAGUUCCACUUUCACUUGGCCAAUGUGUUGAACUAUCUUCUCUCAGAUUGAAAAGUAACAUGCUUAAUGGAAGCAUACCUCAGUCUUUCAGUAACCUGAAGAACGUCGAUCAGAUCUAUCUUUCCCAAAAGUCCCUUGUUGGACAAAUUCCGGAGUUCUUUGCAAACAUGAGUUAUUUGCAGCAACUUGAUCUGUCUAUGAACUACUUUGAAGGGCCGAUUCCAACUGGUGGCAUCUUUCAGAAUCAUAGUGCGGUGGCAUUGGAUGGCAAUGAAGAGCUUUGUGCAAGUGUAACCACCACCUUAUUCCAGUUUCCACUUUGCCCCAUGGCGUCAGCUGUUGAGAGGAAGAAUGCACUCCUAUUGGUGAAAAUAAUUCCUCCCAUUGCUAUUGCCUUGCUCUACUUUAUAUGCUUUGUCUUCACUCUUCUGAAGAGAAGGCAAGCACAAGCAGCUCCAUGCUACAAGGAGACAAUGAAGAAGGUUUCAUAUAGUGACAUUAUUAAAGCUACCAGCUGGCUCUCUCCAGUUAACAAGAUCAGCUCAAGUCGCACAGGUUCGAUCUACAUUGGAAGGUUUGAGUUUGACACGGACCUGGUCGCCAUCAAGUUAUUCCAUCUUGAGGAGAAUGGUGCACGUGAUAGCUUUGUUACCGAGUGUGAGGUGCUGCGAAACACCCGCCAUCGCAAUCUUGUCAAAGCUGUCACCGUAUGCUCGACAGUAGACCUAGAGAACAAUGAAUUCAAAGCUAUAGUUUUUGACUUCAUGGCCAAUGGAAGCCUGGAUAUGUGGGUCCAUCCGAAGCUACACAACAAUAGCCCCAAGAGAGUACUGAGCUUGGGCCAAAGGAUAAGAAUAGCGAUGGACGUCGCGCUGGCUCUGGAUUAUAUGCACAACCAGUUAACGCCUCCUCUAAUCCACUGUGAUUUGAAGCCCGGAAAUGUUCUUCUGGACUAUGAUAUGACCGCAAGGAUUGGUGAUUUUGGGUCAGCGAGGUUUCUCUCUUCAAUCCCUGGUAGUCCAGAAGACUUGGUUGGUGUGGAAGGAACAAUUGGAUACAUCGCACCUGAGUAUUGUAUGGGAUACAAAGUCUCGCCAGGAUGUGAUGUAUAUGCUUUUGGAAUCCUCAUUCUAGAAAUGCUCACCGGAAGGCGACCGACGGAUGCAAUAUUCACAGAUGGCCUGAGCCUGCACAAGCUUGUGAGCUCAGCAUUUCCAGGUAGACUUGGAGAGGUUUUAGAUCCCCAUUUGUCUCACGGUCACACACAUCCGUGUGACAGAGUGUUUAUGCGGAGAUAUAUGGUACCCUUGGUUGAAGUUGGCCUCCUGUGUUCUAUGGAAUUGCCUGAAGAUCGUCCGGGAAUGGGAGAACUCUGUGCCAGAAUUUUGUCUCUGAAAGAGGCAUUCUUUGAGUUCUGCUGA